AUGUCCUCACAAACACCCAAAGACCUAAACAAAACCCUCUCCUCCCUCUCCCUCUCCACCUCCUCCAUCCCAUCCACUCGCAAACCUGCCCCCGCCCCCCUCGUCGACUCCUGGGAAGACGACGACGACGACAAUGAAGCAGCGCCACGACCAGACAGUUUAGAAGAAGAAGACGACGACGCCCUAACCCGCCGCCCCUCCAACCCCUCCGCCCCACCACCAACUCCCAUCUCCCCCCCUCCCACCUCUCUCCCCACCAGUCCCUCCUCCUCGUCCGGGGGUGUGAGCAGCAUCGCCGACCGCUUCGGCGGCUACACAUCCCCUACCCCCUCAUCACCGGCGCGCGAAGGACGACUAGGUGGGGGAGGAGGAGAAAAGAGACAGGAGAAAACGGAUGCGGUAGCUAGGAGGAUGAUAGCGGGGGCGUUGGGGAUAAGGGCGCCGAAGAAGACGGAGGAGGAGAGGGCGUAUGAGAGGGCGGUUAGGGAGGAGGUUAUUAAGAAGCAGAAGAGGGAAAAAGAGGAGAAGGUUAGGGAGGAGGAGGAGAGGGAGAAGGCGAGGAGGAGUGUUUGGGAGGAUUAGAGGGGUGGGGGUAGAGGGUUGUAUAUAGCUAGCAUUAUUACGAUUGUUUCGUCACGGAGUAGACCAACUGUAUCACACAUUGCCCA